AUGGAUACCGAAGAAGACAAGAAAACCGAAGGAGUGGCCAUGUUUCACUCCUCCACAGCAACUAGCUACUGCUACAUCAUAUUUGUUCAGCGCGAGAAACUGAAGAUUUGGCUGGAAGAUCGUUCUAGCAAGAAGCAAUGGCAAACUACGUACAUGCGCAAGGACGAAUACGUGACAUCAGCGAAUGUUUUCGCGGACGCCACCUCAGCAGACUACGCGUCGUUGUUCGAACAAUCUCUAAUCAGCCCUCUGGAUGGAGCAGACGACGUCCAGCGCAAGCUGACUAGCCUACAAGACGAUACGCUUCGACUGGAGUUUUGCGCGACUAUUCGGCUUCUCAACUCAUCUCGCUGCAUUCGGUACGCAUUUGAUCUCAGCCCAGUCGCCGUUGAUCGAAUCCAGAUUCUCGAGGCAAAGAUGCGAGACCAUCAAGAAGCGCUCGACCAAGUUUGCGCUCGUGUCGAUACCACGCGAGCGCAUUUGUACGCCGAGAGUGAAGCUUGGCUGAGUAAGUCGAAGCUGGUAUGGAAGACGAAGAGCGAUAAGAAAUUUGGCUUCGCCGAGAAGAAAAACGGGAUCAAGAUCCACCUUCCGGGCCUGUACACACUCGCCGUAGUUGUGAACCACGUGCCACGAGCUGGAGGUACGGGCUCAAUCUCGAUAUAUGUGGACGGGGUGAAGAUCCAAGCUGCAGCUAUCGGUGCCGAGGAAGCACAAGUUGCCGUCGUCUGCACGAAUACUGCGCUAGCGACGGACUUGGUCUCGUACUUUACAGCACCCCCAAACCAGUUCAAGUCGAUCGACCUGAUGGCGCCCCACGAGUCCCCACGCAACGGAUACGCCGUCGUCCAGACGCCGCCGACGAACUUCCACGACGAAGGACCACUGCUCAAUAUUGAGGAGGGGUCGCUGCGUCCGACAUGGAUCCUGUACACGUCCGUGGCCAUCUCCAUGCUCGAGGCCUUCCACUACGGAUGGUCCAAUUCCCAAGUCAACCUCAGCACCUUCAACAACACGGAAACCUGCAACGCCCGACCCGUCGAGGAAGGCACGUGCCUCAUGUUCCCGGGCCACACCAAGACGACGUGGACGCUGCUCGUGAACGCGUGGAUCGUGGGCGGCAUGUUCGGCAGCCUGCUGUCCGGCUUCCCGUCCAACAAGUGGGGGCGCCGCACCACGCUGCGCUUCAACGCGAUUAUCAUCAUGGUGCUGGGCUCCGUCAUCCAGGUGGUGGCCAACAACCCGACGUGGUUCUCGGUGGGCCGCUUCGUGUCGGGCGUGGCGAACGGCGUGGCCAUGGCCGUGGUCAACACGUUCCUGAACGCGAUCUCGACGCCGCACAACCGCCACGCGCUGGGCGACGCUGGGCAUCUUCGGCGUGGCGACGACGUUCUGAGCCCCGUGUGGCUUGUCGCUAAUGGCGAGGACGAAGAGGCUGAGAAGGAGCUAGCUCGUCUGUAUGGCAAGGAGAAUGUGAACGUUUUGAUGGGCUGGAUCCAGUCCAACGACCGCAGGAGCAAGCUGCCGUCUAUGCUGAGCGGCGUCUCCGACAAGGUCCACGCGGAGACGAACUGGACCAUCUUGACCAACAAGAAGUUCCGCAAACCGCUGGUCAUUGCGCUGGGUCUCACGUGCAUCAACCAGCUCGUGGGUAUCAACGCUGUGUUCUUCUACUCGUCCUCUAUCCUGAAAGAUGCUGGUAUUUCGGACUCUCGCGCUGGUCUGAUGAUCAUCGACAUCCUCAACGUCAUCCCUGUCUCCAUUGCCGCAGCGCUGACCAAGGUCAUGCGCAAGCGCACGAUGCUCAUGUCCGGCAUCUUCGUGAUGGUGCUGUGCUGUAUUGGCAUGACCUUCUCGCUGGUCUACAGUGUCGGCUGGCUGUCGAUCGUCUUCCUCGGCGUCUUCGUGGUGGGCUACGACUUGAGUAUCGGUCCUCUGCUGUGGCCUAUCGUCGCCGAACUGUUCGCAGACUCGGCUCGUGGUGCUGCUGUGGGCAUUUGCAUCACCAUGAAGUGGAUCUGCUCGCUCAUUGUGGGCAUCGGCUUCCCUUACGUGGAGGACGCGAUCACCAACUACAGCUUUACGCCGUUCCUGGGCACGACGAUCCUCUCCAUCAUCUUCAUCUAUUUCAUGGUGCCGGAGACAUCGGACAUGACCAUCGCUGAGAUCCAGGACGGCUUCCGCAGUGACCGCAGUGUGCAGUCGUCGAGCAAGAGUCAAGUGUAA